AUGAAUCUGUGCAGGGUAUGUGAUUGUGAGAUAUCCAUAAGACACGGGACACCGUGUGGGCAUAGCUUCUGCUACUUGUGCAUCAAAAGACACUUGAGUGGCCAUGACACUUGCCCUGUGUGUGGAAGGAGACCCUUGUCUAUGAAGGAUUUAGUAGGCCUUAGAAGUUCAGCCAAGAAGUGGGAUAGUAGAAUAAGGAUGGGAGAAGAUCCUAAGAUUCUAAGAGUGUUGUACAGACUGAAGAGAUACAUAAAAGAGGAUAGAGAAAGUGGAUAA